AUGGGCUUUCAAACAGUUUUCCCAGCAAAAGUCUGUUUUGCGUCCCUCAAAUUCAUCCAUCGCAUCUGCAACUGGUUCUUUGCCCAUUACUACUAUGACAUAACGGAGAUCGACGGCGUUAAUACCAAUGAGCUUUACAACACCGUUCAACUCUACCUGAGCAGCUCUGCCUCCAUCACUGGGAAUCGCCUCAGUCUCACAAGGGGACUCAAUUCCAGCGCCAUCACUUUUGGGCUUUCCAAUAACGAUUCUCUCAUUGACACAUUCAAUGGUACUGUUAAAGUCCUGUGGGAACACGUCGUCAUCCCAAGGCAGGCCCAGACAUUUUCAUGGCGUCCUCUCCCAGAAGAGAAAAGGGGUUUCCUCCUACGUGCCAAGAAGAAAGACAAAGCAGUGGUGUUGGGCUCUUAUCUGGAUUUUGUCAUGGAAAAAGCAAAUGAAAUUCGAAGGAAAAACCAAGAUCGGUUGUUGUACACGAAUUCACGUGGGGGUUCAAUUGAUUCCAGAGGCCAUCCUUGGGGAUCGGUACCCUUUAAACAUCCCAGUACUUUUGAGACACUUGCUAUGGAUCCUCAGGAAAAGGCUGUGAUUAUGGCACAUCUUUUGGGCUGA